UAGAGACCGAGUGACCGGGAGAGGCGCGCCGCGUGCACUAACCGGACCACUGAAUCUGAGAGGCCAUUUUCGCCCCGACCGAGCCGCGUGAGCAUUUGAAAUUUGUUUUGCGAUUAUUGUACAGCCUCCAUUUCGACGCGCAAGCUGUCAAGCGCAGAUCAUGUGAUUGCGAGGAUGUGGGCUUGUCUUGUCGUCCGGAUCUGUCCGUAACCUACAGACGGUACCAAAGCCAGAACGCGAGGUUGUGGGAUUGAUGCAGCAGUGUUUGGACGGCUAGUCACGAAUGUAGGGCUACACAUCUCUUUGAAAUUAAUUGCUUGGAUAGAAUGUAACAGGCUAUAUUUAAACACCUCAUGGGGCAGACAGAUGCAAUGUUGUUAUAGGUUGAGAGAACUGAACAUCGUCAGCGUUGACAAGCACACUGUCCGCUUCAUCUGGUGCGGUUAUUGAAUCGUGUCUCUCCUCUUUUCACUCCUCCUCUCUUCCUCUUCUCCUCUCCUUUCUUUCAGCAUCACUGACAGAGGCUGCUGAUGCUGCCGUAGCUCGUGAAAAUAUUAUCCUUAGCAAAAUACCGGGACAGGGCUGUGUGUAAUUUAUCCCGGGCUAGAUGCUGUGAAUUAUCUCGCAGGAUUGUGAUUUGGGUUUACGGGAGGGAAUGCAUCAUAGACAUUGUGUUUCGUUUGCUCCGGUUUGAUUCUGUCGCUGUCGUCUACGUUGUUUAGGAAAUUGGAGGCAUAGCCUAUUGCAGUCACUGCUGUUCUGUAAGCUAUUGGUAGGCCAAAAAAAUGUAUAUCGAUUUAAAUUUGAUAAUUUGUGAAAUGUCAUGUGUAAUAUCCGAAUGACAAUCUGAUAUUUGCUGUGUUUUUCAAGGAGGUAUUCCGGGGACAUACGCAAGUGACACGUGCCCAGAGAGCGAUGUGUCUGACAGACCGGCAUUCGUAGCCUACGAGAGAGGUGGGAGGGAAUUAUUUCUCACAGACACUAGUUCAGGAGUCGCCAAGUUCUCAGAGUUAUCAGUUAGGCUAAAUAUAGGAGCGAGCUUGCAGAUAAACGUUUUGACUAUCCAGUGUAUGCACCAGCAUCGGGAUGCGACGUCAUGAGUUGAAUAUGCUGGCCAGAUGUUGCCUUUGAUGUGAUUCAUUCAAUCUAGGCUAGGCCUACUGUUGGGUGCUUUUAACAGCAGAAAUAACUACGGACUCCUGCAUUUCUCAACUAAUUAAUUAGUCAGUUAAUUAUCCCUCCCGUUGCUUGUCUACCUAAUUUAAAUAAGCAUAUCUAGGCUACUUCAUAAUACCCGGACUGGGAUACAACACAAACUGUGCUACAAUGAUUCCCGGAUCGGCCGCGUCGAUGCUCCCAUCCAUGUCGACGGAUGACAUUAAACUAUACCAGCAUAACUACGUCCGCAACUCCCGUGCCAUCGGACUCCUGUGGGCCAUUUUCACCAUCCUGUUCGCCAUCUUGAACGUGGUGAUCUUCAGCCAGCCCUAUUGGAUCGGAGACGGCGUGGACACCCCUCAGGCCGGCUACUUCGGCCUCUUCCACUUCUGCACCGGGGACGGAAUCCAGAGAGAGCUCGACUGCACAGGGACCUUCACAGAGUUCGCUCAGAUCCCUUCCACCGCGUUCAAGGCCGCGUCGUUCUUCGUAGGAAUGUCGAUGAUGUUGGUGAUGGCUUGCAUCGCUUCCUUCACUCUCUUCUUCCUGUUCUCCACCACCACCGUCUAUAAGAUCUGCGGCUGGAUGCAGGGGGCCUCGGGUGUAUGUCUGGUGAUGGGCUGUAUAAUCUACCCUGACGGCUGGGACAGUGACGAGGUGCGGAGGAUGUGUGGGGAGCAGACGGACAAGUACAGCCUGGGAGCGUGCUCCAUGCGCUGGGCUUACAUCCUGGCUAUCAUGGGGGUUCUGAAUGCCCUCAUGCUCUCCUUCCUGGCUUUUGUACUGGGCAACAGACAGGACGGACUCAUGACCGAGGAACUACUGGCUGAGAGCAAGGAAGCUGGGAAUGCCUAAAACAACCCAUAGGUGUCUGCGUUUCCUAGUGUGUAUGUGUAACUUUCAUCAUCACGCUCCAGAGUUUUACCCAUCAUCCCCCAGAAGAGGACGACACUGGCACACCAUGGCUGUGUGAGAGAGAGAAGAGAGAGAUCGAGAGGAGAAGAGAGUAAAAGAGAAAGAGAGGUGGACAAUGAGUGAGCGAAACAGACAGGAGAGAGGGAGAGAAAUGCUAUGUAGCCAGAUGCCUCCCAUUCAUUCACACAUGUACUGUAUUCUAGUUCUCACCUUCUAGUCUAUGCUGGAUCUGCCAAUGAUAUGUACAUCUCUAUUAUAUUGGCCCUGCUCACAGUCCUACAGUCUCUCUACCUCCACACUAUUCCACUAUCACUGAACCCCUAGGAACCCCAGCAGAGACAAGACAAUCUUCACACAGCCGAUCAUCGACCAAGACGGGGACAGAGACUGACCAACAGAAAACGUAUGGAUUAUCUGCAAGAAUAUGGAUGAAGAAGACUGGGUUGAAUUAUUGUUCUUGAAAUCACGUAUUGUAGUGAGAGAAAACACACACACACACACACACUCAGACACACACUCAGACACACACACACACACACACACACACUCAGACACACACUCAGACA